AUGUCUGAAUCAAGUGUAACAUAUUAUUCUCAUCCUACCCAGGUUGAUCAAAAUGGACUCGUUUACGGCCUGUUUGUCGACGGUAAACGAUGUCAAAACGGUAUCUUUACGGCAUUAAAUAGGCCGUAUUUGCCCGUAAUACCUGGCGCAUUAAAUGAAGAAAUUGGAUUUGAGAUACUUCAUUUUUUGAUUCGCAAUAUUUCCACUGAUGGCAUUGAACUAACUGUUGGAUUUUUACAUGAAUGUGGCAAAAAAUUAUUGCAAUUGAAUCAACACGAAUUGGAUGUUCAAUUUAAAAAAUUAAAUGAUUUACUCGGUGAAUCAUUAAUAACAGAAUGUAUCAAAAAUAUGAUUGAAAAAAUAUUUUCUGAACGAACAAAUGAACUCAAAUCGUAUCCAGUAAUUCAAUCUAAUUUAAAAUUAGUUAACGAAAAUAAUCAGUUUAAACAUAUGUUGCAAUUAGAUGAUUAUUUUGAAUCUGAAUCUUGGAUCGAUAUAUUUAAAUUUGACGAGCAAUAUGAAGUAAAUGAAAAACAAUAUCAUGAAAUUCGAAAGGGUAUUUUUGAAUAUUUCGAUUACGAAUUUGAAUCAAGUUCAAAUUCAUCAGAUAGUGAUGAGAAAGAUGAGGACACUGAAACAAAACAACAAAAAGUUACUGACCGCAAUGACACAGAUUCAAUAACAAUUCAGUCAAAUAUUUCUGCUAAAGAAUGUGCUAAGAAAUUACUUAAAAUGAAUUUAUAUCGUGAACAGAACAUGUGUAUAUUAUUCUUAAAAAUAAAAGAGUUUUAA